AUGUUGAUGAUAAAUUGUCAAAGCUGCUGCUGCUGAUUUCUUUUCCUCGUCCUGCUGCUGAUGUUGCUGCUGCUGCUGAUUUGCUCCCACUGAUCACUGCUGCGGAUGAUUGCUGCUGCUGCUGCUGCUGCUGGUGAUGAUGAUGAUGACGAUGGCGAUGAUGAUGAUGAUGAUGAUGAUGAUGAUGAUGACGACGAUGGCAAUUAUGGUGUGGUGAUGAUGAUGAUAAUGACGACGACGACGACGACAAGGACAACAAUGAUGAUGAUGACGACGACGGCGACAAUGACGAUGACAACGAUGAUGGUGACGGCGAUGAUGAUGAUGAUGAUGAUGAUGAUGAUGAUGAUGAUGAUGAUGAUACUUGCUAUUGAUUGUGAUGAUGGUGGUCUUUGGGGUCUUGCUGCACUGCAUCAUGAUUGUGUUCUGGGCUAGUAAUGUUGCUAUUGCUUCUUCAUUCCAUGCUGGCUUGCGUUUUGUUCUUCUAAUGGAAUAGAAUGCAGGGACCUCAUUCAAUUUGGCUACUUCG